CUCCCCUGCAGCUCCCCACUACGCAUGUUCCACAAGUCAGUCUCUGUUUAAUUCUCUCUCUCUCUCUUUCUCGUAUUUUGUAAUUGCAAAUAGAUAAUACUGAAAAAUGAGAGGGGCUAUCUUGUUGUCGGUGCUGCUCUUAGCUGCCUGCCAAUUCUCCGUAUCCAUUAGAGAUGGGUUGAUUGAAAAUGGUAAUUUCGAGCUGGGUCCCAAGCAAUCGGACUUGAACGGCACAAAGGUUUUAGGGCGAUACGCCAUACCAAGAUGGGAGAUAUCAGGUUUUGUAGAGUACAUAAAAUCAGGGCAAAAGCAAGGGGACAUGUUGCUGGUAGUGCCAGAAGGAGCAUAUGCAGUUCGGCUUGGGAACGAAGCAUCAAUUAAACAAAAGCUAAAAGUGAUCAAAGGCAUGUACUAUUCCAUCACGUUUAGUGCUGCUAGAACUUGUGCACAAGAAGAGGCAUUGAACGUGUCGGUUUCGCCGGACUCGGGUGUUUUGCCAAUGCAGACUAUGUAUAGUAGCAAUGGAUGGGACUCCUAUGCCUGGGCUUUCCAAGCUGAAUACCCAGUUGUUGAUCUUGUUAUACAUAAUCCAGGAGUAGAAGAGGAUCCUGCUUGCGGUCCUCUAAUUGAUUCUGUUGCCAUUAGAGCUCUGUAUCCGCCCAGACCAACCAAUAAGAACAUAUUAAAAAAUGGGGGUUUUGAAGAAGGUCCAUACAUAUUCCCCAACACAUCAUGGGGCGUCCUGAUCCCACCAAACAUUGAGGACGAUCACUCUCCUCUUCCUGGCUGGAUGAUCGAGUCACUCAAAGCAGUCAAGUACAUAGACUCGGACCAUUUCUCAGUCCCGCAAGCAAGACGAGCUGUAGAACUCGUGGCAGGUAAAGAGAGUGCAAUAGCACAGGUAGCUCGAACAGUUGUUGGCAAAACAUAUACACUCUCAUUUGCAGUAGGCGAUGCUAGUAAUUCUUGCGAAGGGUCAAUGGUAGUAGAGGCUUUUGCUGGAAAAGAUACACUGAAAGUUCCUUAUGAGUCGAAGGGUAAAGGAGGAUUCAAGCGUGCAGUGCUCAGAUUUGUUGCAGCUUCAAACAGAACUCGUAUAAUGUUCUAUAGCACAUUUUACACCAUGAGAAGUGAUGAUUUCUCUUCUCUUUGUGGACCCGUUAUUGACGAUGUGAAGCUGUUAAGCGUUCGCAAGCCAUGAUUCCAUGCUUGUCAGAGGCUAAGGUCAUGAACAUCAAUGCAAUACUAUAGAUUAUUAUGUUAAUUUUUGUUAUAUGAAAGGCGAGCAAGAGGUUCAAUCCUUCUUUAUGAGUUUUUUUUAGCAUAAUAUAUAUAAUUAAUAUAAUCUAAAAUAUAUAUGAAAUAGUAACUAAUCUCAGGAUAGCUUAUGGGAUAUUGUGAUUUUAUGAAGUGGUAAUGGAUUACCUUUAAGCAAAAA